AUGGUGCAAUUUAUGCAAUAUUUUCUCCAUGUACAAGAUUCUUUAAUCGAGCAUAAUUCGUCAAGUAAUUCUUCAUAUCCAUCUUCACCUGCUAAAUGGUGUUUUAAUGAUAUUGAUGGACAUAAACUUUGUAUUCGAAGUCCUACACUGAUCCCAACAUGUAUUUUAGCUUUAUUAAUUGGUAUUUUCUGUUCUAAAAACAUUUCUAAAUUACCUGAAAAAUUUUCAACACGAUGGCUUUAUCAAUUAACGUUUUUUCUAUUUGGCAUGAUGAUGACAUCAGCUGGUAUAUUACAUUGUUUUUUAGGUGAUCCAAACAAAUUAUUAGAUCCUCUUCGAAAUAGCGAUACUGAUUCAUUUCUAUUUUUGCAAUUACUCUUUGCAAUUAUUGUUGCUGGUUUAACAACAAAUGUUGCUAUUAGUUUUUUCUUUUGUGGUUUAUGUGAUAUUAAUUUUUUAAAUCCAAAUUCACGUUCUACAAGUUUUCUACUCAUUGGUUCAUAUUUUACUGUUUUUGUUUUAUGGACUUUAGGAAUAUUAUUUCAAUGGUCUUGGAUAUUUUAUGUUCUUUACCUUGGAGUUAUAUUAUUUUGUUGUUUUACUUAUCUACUUACACAAUUAGCUAUUAAAUCGAAUCAUAGUGCUUUACCUGCUCUAAUUGUUGGUGGAUGCUAUGGAGCUAUUGGUUUAUGUGCAGUAACAUUUGGUGAAAAAUAUAUUUGUAAAUUAGAAGGUCCAUUUUGGUCACAAUAUAUUGGACCUAAUUUUCUCUGGUUUCUAUUUUCGGAUGUUAGUAUGGCUUUUAUAUUCAUAUAUGUUAUACGAGCUAAUCGAGAGAAAAAAGUCAUUAUCGAAAAAUAUCAUAUUGAUGUUGAAAAAAAUCAAGAGUAG